UGUUAACUUGAAAAUAAAAACAUAUUGCUAAAUUUUCUAGUUACAAAAUAACAAAGCAAUGCAAAUAAUGACAAUACUGAUGUGGUAGCCAUCCCUUUCUCAAAUUUUAAACAAACAUUUAUUUUUGAUUUUUGACAAAGAAAAAUUUCCGCGGCUAUUGUUAGUAACGGGUGCGAAUGUUAUCUCAUUUAAAAAGACUUCAUAAUCUUUCAUAUAAAUGGCAACAAUGACCACGUCGCUGGGCACGUAAUACGUGACGGUCGGAAAGAACCUGAUCGUUCAUGGCUUCAGAUUGAUGUGAUGAAAAGCAUAUUUUGAAAAGUUGUUGUUGCUAGGGACACCAAAGAAAUAACAAUUCUAUUGAUAUUAUAACGUACCAGUAGGCUGUGUAUGCUACAUUUGGCUACCCAGAUCCACGGACUGAGGACUGUAUUUUAGUGUUGCUAUUAAACAUAGAAAGCGUAAAAUGGACAAAGACGGACCUGAUCUGGAUGAACGAGAUCCCGAGGAUAUCAAUGGACAUGUUCGGGUUCUUUUUGAAGAUGCAUUUGCAGAGCCCGAAGGCAGUCACACCAUCGACGGUGUAUGGACUUGCAGUUACAAGACAUUCUGGGCUAUGAAAAGUUGUUGCUACAUCGUUAUGUCUGUGCUAUGUGGAGGUCCUUGUGCCUGUAUGUGGGGUCUUAUGUUCGCAUGCCAAAGUAUGAUCAAUAUCUGGUGCAUUCGUCCAUGUUGCCGUUUCUAUGAGAUUAACAUAAGCUGUUGUGCUGCAUGCAUCAGGACGACUGUACAAUGUUAUCUCAACCCGUUUUGCGAUGCUUACUCUCGACUGUUUUCGAAUAUAAAGUUCCACCAUGAAUACGAAGUCGUAUAGUCAUCUGUUAAAUAUAAAAUGCUCUGUUUUAUACAAAAAUAAUUCAAUAAAUUAUCAUCCAGUUUUAGUUGUCGUUGAAAAAUACUAUUGUUCGAUAAUAAUUUAUCUACAAAUUUGUAUCAAUAAAUGCCCAAUCUUGUAGAUAAAAGCGAUCAUUCUUCAUCAUGCGGGAAUCGGAACGCUAAAAAUUGUCUUAUAGCAGUUCUCAUAUAAAACAGAUAUGUUUGUUUUUAUAUAAAUUAAUUUAAAAUGAUGAUUGCUCUUGUUUGUUGUUAGCAUAUGACUCAAGGAU